GUGGUAAAGGUGCACCGCACCGCACCUUUACUACCUCAAAACUUUACCAAACCUCGUAAUGUAUUACAAUGUUAAUGCUGUUAUGCCCUAUUUUACAAUGGAUAAUCAUUUAACUUUGUUAUAAAUCUGUCAAGAGAAAACACAUAGUGGUAUAUGAGACAGAAAACAUGGAUGCAGCACUAUAGAAGUUGUGUUUCUCAUUGAGCAGACUUCUGCCACUGCAUCUUUUUACUUUCUGUGUCCAUGAAGCUGAUUUUUCUCUGUACAUCCAACCUGAGCUUUGUUUGGACACACGAUUUUUUGAAGGUACUAUAUUUUGUAAAACCAGCUGCUUUUUCUUCAGUAUAUUACGACAAGAGGGUCCAGUGUUUGAGUUGUACUGGUAUCAGUCUAGUGUUUAAGUUUAAAUACAUACUUCCCUUUGGCUUCAUGUGUAGUGAUAAUGGUUUUUCCUACAAUAGAGCAGCUUCAUGACGAGCAUUUCAGGGAUACAUCAAUAGCAAUUAAAAGAGUAUAAAAUAUGUGCUUUUGUUUGAAUAUCUGACAUUUUCUAGAGAGUCCCAACUUUUUACUAUCACUUUCAGUUUUACAACUUACACAACUUCUUGGCCCUUUGGACUGCAAAUGACGUUUACUUUGAAAAGCCAUGCAGUUGUUAGCAUUGUCAGCAGUACAUAUGUGUGUGAGUCUGUUACAGUUCAGUUCUAAGAUUUGUUUUCUUGUGUUUUAAAAAAAAUGUGUUUUGUUAGUGUGAGUUGGCAUUUAAUAUCUCUCUGUUCUUCAAAAGAAACUUCUGCACACAUGCCACAAAUGAAAGUAAAGUAUAAAUGUGCUGCUCUGUACUGGCUUUUAUGUAUGUAUCAUGUAUUACUCGUGUAAUGAAAGACUGCAUUUCAGUUCAACAUUAAGUCUCUCUGGCCACGUGAGUCAAGUUGUUUGUUUUCAGACUCGCCUACUUCCUAAUCUGAUCUGACACAUUUGGUGUUGUGACACAGUUCGUAUGUGCAGCAGAUAAUUCAGGUUAAUACACUGGAACAGACCUUUGCUCGAUCGCCUCUAAACAAGACAGCAUCAGGUUGAUUCAAUGCACUCAGCAAGUUGUUCAGCAGGAAAACUUCAUCCUCACCUGGCACAUCAGGAGGAGUUCAUGUUUCCUGGGAACAGCUGACAGAGGAAACAUCUCACACCAGCAGGGAGAAGAUGAUAUGGAUCCUGCUGCUUAUCAUUCUGGCCUCCUCUGUCUGUGGCAUGUUUGUGAGUAAAAUAACUCCGACCCUCUAUCAGGCAGAAGAGAACGACAACAUCACAAUAAAAUGGGACAGUCAGACUAAAACUGACAUGUCUCACACCAACCUACAUUGUGUUCUCCAGUCAAAGUCAAAGAUUUUGUAUGAGAUGAUAAACGGUGUUGAAGUCUCAGAGUCUCAGGAUGAGCAGUUUGCAGGACGGGUGCAGUGUGACGAAGACGCUCUCAGAGAAGGACGACUCAGGCUUCAUCUGUUCAGAGUCACGACUGACGACUCGGAGAAUUACAAGUGUGAUCUUGUUGCUUAUAACAAGAUCAUGAAAAGAUGGGUGCUCGAGGCCUCUGAACAUUUUACCUUGAAUGUGACUCAGACCCAUCAUGGAGGGACCAGCGAUGACUUCCUCACACCAAACAUAACUGAAGGAGGUCCAGAGGAGCCAGAAGAUCAGUCGUACUAUUGGGACCAAGUUAAAACAGCUCUCGGAGCUGCAAACUGUGGAGUUCUAAUAGGUGCUUGUCUGAUAUUCGUAUUAGACACAGCUGCAGGAUUUCUUGCGACAGUUCUUCAGUUGUGACUUCAUCCUCACUGUAACAGAGAAGUGAGGUUUUGGUGUGUCAGCUGAUUUUCUUUGUGAUGAUUUUCCUUCAUCUCACUGAUUCUAACACAACUUGCAGACAAUAACUUCAACUUAAUUAUGAUUAAUAAUCCAUCACAGUGAACAACUAGAGGCUUUUUUUGGUUCGGUUUGUGAGCCUAAAAGCAACCAAGUUACCAUAAAACGAGUCUGAGAUUCACACAAAAAUAUCUGGUUUUGUUAUUUUUGGCCUUAUUUUUUAUACUACUUAUUUAAACAUGAGCAUUAACCAACUUAUUACACACACACACAUACUGCUUAUUAUUGUUAUAAGAACGCAGUAGUGAUGUGUAUUUGUACAUGUUUUAUUGUGUCUAUUUCAUAUUUAAUACAUAAGCUAACUUCAAACUUUGAGUCACGCAUUUGUUUUAAUGACGAUGUCAAAGAAAUUUUAAAUCUUUGAUUCAAAGUUUGUAUUGUUCUGUAAAGCACUUUGAACUCUAUGAAGCAUUUUCUGUCUUGAACAUAAAAUGUGACUGUUAUUUUCUACAAUGUUAAAAUAUUACUGAAAUGACUCAAGGAGCAUUGUGGGAUUGUAUUAUGUGAAUUAUGUAAUGAAUCACUCAUUAAAUGUGUCAUCAAC